AUGUAUUAUUGUCAUCAGUGUCACAGCUUCUAUGCUGUGCGUGACGGAUCCCAAGAUGUUGUGGAGUGUGUGGCGUGCCACUCGCCCCUUGUAGAGGCCGUCCGCAGUGCCGCCCACCGUGAGGAGCUGCAGCGGCUGAUGGAGCAGCAGCAGCGGGCGGAGGAGGAACAGGCGCAGCAGCGGCUCCUCCGCCAGUUGCGGCUCCUCGACGGCAUUGAGCUGCAGGUCCACGGCGCCGGGCCGCAGUGGCAUCUCGUCCAUCUUUUCCUCCCGAGCGGCCCCGACGGCCCCGGCGGCCCCCCCGUCGACGAGUUGAUGCGCUCCUUCCGCCGCUUCCCACACGGACUGCGGGAGGCCGACCGCGCGGCCCACCCCGAGGCCUUUUUAGAGUCCGCCUGCCUCAUCUGUCUGGAGCCCCUGCAGGACCCAGCAGAGGGAGAGAGAGAAGGAGAGAGAGAAACCGGAGGGGAGGAAAGGGGAACCAAUAACACCACAACCACAACUACUACUACUACUACCACAAGUACAAGUACGGAAACUUCUUCUGAGGGACAGCCUGUGGUCAUGCUACCCUGUAAACAUUGUUAUCACGCAGAGUGUAUCAGAACUUGGUUGCAGCAGAGUCGACAAUGUCCAUUGUGUCGUGCUUCUGUACUGCCACAAGAGAAUGUGAGUAAUGCCGCUUCUUCUUCUGAUAUCCCCCCUUCUUCUACACCGCCUGCACACAGCGGCGAACCCAACAAUUGA